AUGUCACCUGUACGGCAUGGGCAGCGUGGUAUUUGCAAGUGAAGUGAUGUACGCUCUCCUAUUUUCAAGCUUUAAGGUACAGGUGUUGAGCUCUCGGUUCGUACAAAUAUCUACAUUCCAGAUUAUUUAAAAUUUGCACAACUGAACCAAACUACAGUAACUUCAUGCAUAUACUCUGUAGCUGUUAAAAGAACUUCUUUAACAAUAAUUAACUAACUGUUUUAACCUUUUAGUUGCAUACCCUAGGUAUAUAUAGAAGAACCAAACAGAACUUGGUGCGUUAAACAACACUUUGAUUUGGCUAAAGUGUCUAAAGUCUUGGAUAAUCAAAGGCAAGUUGAUGUGGUAUUUUAGAUGUUUCAAAGUCUUUUGAUUUGGUAAAUCAUUCUCUCGUGAUAAGGAAGUUAAAUCAGUAUGCUGUGGGAGACUAGUUCUUGAAUGGUGUAAGGAUUAUCGAAGAAACCGUCCACAGAGGGCCCCCGUACGAAACUUGCAGCGCUGUACAAGCCACAAAAUCACUUCAAAAUAGCUGUGCAGCUAAAUUACAGCUUUUCAGCAGCAUUUUAGAAGCCAAACAGCAGGUUAAUUCAAGUUGCAGUGGGAUGCAAAAGUGCUGUGCAGCCUUUGAAGCUCUCGGCAGCAGUUUAACUGUUUUGCAGCGCAGUUGCCCACUUUCAAAUGCUUCCAAGUAGCUGCCGUAAUGCUACAAUUCAGCUGCGGUCGAUCUGACUUUCUUGAGCACCAAUAACAUGAAUCACCAGAUAAAGCCUUGCUAGCUACAGAUUACAGCUUUUAUAACGCAAAAACUGUGACUGUACUGUACCUCUAAGAAAUGUGAGUACGCUUGCAGUGCGCAGGGAAGAUCACUUAUUGAAUAAACCUCCAAGUAUAAAUUAAGAUUUCAAUAAAUUUCAUUCCGUGAUUUGUGAGUGUGGGAAUGUUAUGUUAUCGCUAAUUCCUGGAGACAUUGUAGGCCAUAAUCUAAUUGUUCGGUCCUUUUGCAUGAGAUCCCAUUACAUCUCUAGACAAACAUUUGUGACCGUUGAAUGAAAGGCACAAACAUUAUAAGUUUUUUUGCAUCUAGUUCUGUUUCGCGAUGGAGGCUCUGUUGAUGUUUUUGGAUGGAACAACUUUUUAAGGUAUUCGCAAACAAUGCACUGUACAGGGGCACCCCAACAUCAAUUUUUGGAAAAUAUCUGUUCGGAAGACGAUUUGAGAUCUAGAAGUUUCGGAACAUUUGCUGUGAAAUUUUUUGCUAGCCUGCCUCUGCUAGGAUUUUUGAACAUCUAAGAAAUGGAGUAAUUGCCCAUUUUUAACAGAUUUUUACCCUAAAAAGCUUACCUAGAAUUACCUAGAAGGUAAGUUUUGAUCCCUAUAAUUUUCAGAUCACUAGACUUUCAGCUAGGAAAUCUGCACAGGUGGAAAAUUUUUAGGGGAUAGAAAUAUGCCCAUAUCUACCGUUUAAAUAUUAAAAAUGUUCAACAAUGCUAUGGAUUUUCGGUCAUCUAAAAAAUGGUAUAAUUGCCUAUUUUUAACGGAUUUUUACCCUAAAAAGGUCACCUAGAAUUUUCGGGAGCCUUUUUUCUGGCUAAAAUUUUCGAAAAGGUAAGUUUUGAUCCCUAUAAUUUUCGGAUCUCUUGACUUUCAGCUAGGAAAUCCGAACGGAUGAAAAAUUUCUAGGGGAUAAAAAAAUGCCUAUAUCUACCGUUUAAAUACUAAAAUACGUUUAACAAUUCUAUGUUUAAGUGGUUUUGAACUAUAUUCUCGUUGGGUGCCCCGAUUUCCGGCGCUGUCUCGGAGAAAUAAUUUUUUCCAUAGCGAAAGUGUGGCUUCUUGCUUGGGAUUAAUAUUUGCAAUUUUCCGGAGGUCGUGCCCUCAAAACACUAAUGAAACAACACGCAGAGAUGUCACUGUUUGUAAAACACGUUGCCGAUAAACAACAUUUCCCUUUUUUUCUCUGACGCUACAGUAGACAUUGCCAUGCCUAGUCCCUGUACAGCGUCUUCCCACGCAAUCUCGGUCAACAGGUCAAGGCAUUUCGGACCACGUGACCCGAAACGCAUUAGCCGCACGGAAUAAUGCGGCCUACAGACAAGGCAACGGCAGACAGUCGUUCCGUACAGUCCUUCACUAUCAUUAAAAACACUGGACACGGGAAUUUUGUUAUUGGCCGUUUUCACACUAGAGCUUGAAAUGGAUCAUCCGUCUGAGAUUAGCCUGUGUACAGUCGCGUCCUCCCCACAGACACCCCUUCUCCGAAAUUUUCCGAGUGGAGGGGGCGGCCUUACACAGGCUAUCUGGAACGGAUAAUCCCGUCUUCAAAAGUCAGGCAGAUUGUUCAUUCAAAAUUAAAACUAUUCCAUUUUCAAAUUAAGACGUAUUGGGUUGUUCCAGAAAAAAUCCACACCCCCCCGACGGAUGGGAUUCUGGAAAUUCUCGCGGGAGGGGGGGUCGAAGACUCCGGAAAUCCAGGCGGGAGGGGGGGUUGACCUUAAAAAAGUCUUCUGCAGGGGUCAUUUCGACCGAUAGUUGAUACAAAUCAAACGUUUAGUUCGAUGACACUUAAGUGCUUUCAGACCCUGAAAAUAGUCAAAAUGUUUUGUUCAUAUAUUUCUCACCUGACAUAAAUGAUAAUCUAAGUUGCUUUACAGGUCCUUUUAUAGCAGAAAACGCGAACAAGAUACUAAAGAACGGGCCUGAACGAACUCGUCGCAACGUUGUUGUCACGAAGAGUCAAACGCCUGACACAUUUCUACUGCACCCAGAGCCCCACAAGAGUUUAAGAGUGAUUUUAUAAGCUAAGAAAUUAUGUAAACACUGCUCAGGUGUCGAUUCGCAUUUUUGUUUUUUGCUCCUUUCGUUUUUUAGUUCCACGCGAUAGAAUUCUUAGUUUAAUAUAAGCUGAAGCUUUAGAAAUUAAAACAAAAACAUUUAGACGUGUUUGCAUGUAUUUUCCAUUAAAAAUAAAUUAAAUUUAAGCCUUUUAUUUUUUCCCGAAAUCCAGGCGGGAGGGGGUCUUCCACCUUGAAAUCCAGUUGGGGGGGGGUCUUGUGCUUCAGGAAAUCCAGGUGAGAGGGGGGGUUAAAAAAGGACCCCAUCCGUCGGGGGGGUGUGGAUUUUUUCUGGAAUAACCCAUUACCUAUCUGACGCGAAUCAUCAAACGGAUAACCCAUCUCACACGAAUAAUCCUUCUCUAGUGUGAAAACGGCCAUUUCUGUUAUAAUGAAUGUCGUGCCCCGGCCUUGAGUUGGGCGUUCGCGUGUCUGCUUUUGCUUUUUCACAAAGAUUAUUUUUAAAUUGACUGUUGACAUUUCUAAGUGUAAAAUAAUAUUAGAAGUGGAAUACCUUAUAAAAAGUGUGAUCUAUCAAAUGUUAAAAUUUUUCAAAAGAAUAGCUUAUUUCAUCCCGAGAUGAUACGAAGACCUUUAUUCAAAAAAAUACAGGUUAAUUAAUAUUUAAUUUUUUGAAACAAAAGAAGUUAAUUUUUAACUUUUUCGUUAACCGUAACUGAAAAAAAUUAACCGAUAGCCGUAAAAGAGCCAAAAUUUUAGUCGAUAACCGUACAGGCCACCACCCCAUUCGCGGUUGGUCACCCAUCCAGUUCGUAACCCGGACCGACAGGGCUUAACUUGAGUUCCGUAACCAAACCGAGUUUCGUGAGGGUUAUUUCGAGAUACUUAUUUCUAGUACUAAUUUGUAAUUUAUGUUGUUGAAAUAUAUCCAUUUUUAUAAUUAAUUUGUAAAAAUGGACAAAAAAGAAUGGCUGUCAUUAUUGUCUACAUAUCUAUAACUGACUGUUUAUUAGUUCGAUCCAUAACUAAAAUAUUAACCAUUACCCUUGAGAAAAAGACUCAGACUUCCAGGUUUCAGUUUGAGAAGUUAAGUUUUUGUUCAUCAGAUGUUUUGGGACAUUUCUGUACAAGAAGUCACGUACACAAGUAAAAUUUUUUAACCAUGAAUUUAUAACGUACACUAUCUAAUUAAAAAUUAACUGUCACAUAGAAUAGCUAAUGAUUUUGCCAAUAAAACUACCAGUAAUUAGCAGGGGAAAGCAAACUUUCUAUAUUUUUUUAGAAGAAAAAUACCACUCCAUUCUAGUUUGCCUAAAAAAUUUCACACUUGCAGUCUGAUUCCCUUAAGUGACCACCUCUUGUAAGCGACCACCAAGCCUUAAUAUUUGCAUUUUGGGUGGUUGCUUAGGGGAAGUUCAACUGUAUUUUUGCAGUGCAAUUUUCAAUGAUUAACCAUAAUUUUUAUAGCGGAGCUCUUGCCCGCUUGAAGCACACACAGUGGAGCACCAUGGGUAUAAAAAUUUAGUUAUCUGAGUAUGCAUCCAAGAAAUUUUGGUUUGUCCAUAUAUGUCCAUACAUACAUCCACCCCUUCAUGUUAGCGAAUGUAAAAUGGCACACUUUAAUACAAGUUAGGAGUCCAAGGCAUACAUACUUAUCUGUGGAAACCUUGGUAUUGGACAUCAAUGUUAUGGUCAAUUGACAGUGUUAAAAAGGCUAUCCUCUGGCCAGUGUCAUAUGACUGUAACACAGGCUCAGGUAUAUAACUCAUGGAAACAAGAAACAGAACUAUGAAUCACAACUUCAUUCCUAAGCACAUGGUUUUUUACUACAACACUACAUAGGGGGAAUCACUGACAUAAUAAAAAGUCACGCAACAUGUCACAUCCUCCCCAAUAUAAAAAAGAAAAAAAUAUACAAAACCAAAACAAAACUAAAACUAUUGAGGACCAAAUCCGAAUUAAAUCACAAAAAAGGAAAAUGGCUAUUAAUCAUGCCUAGUAGCAUUAGGUCAAUGUCAAACACACGUAUACAAAUUGAAAGGGCCAGUGUUCAGGAACAAGUGUUGGCAUGCGUAACACGAACAAUCUCUUAAGUUUUCAAGAGUGUAUGUUCAAUAGCAAUAGCCUCAAGUCGUUAAUAACAGAUACUCAAAUGCCAACAGCAGGGUUAAAGUUCAAUGUUCAGUGGCAAGUGUUCAAGUCACAUCGUCCUUGAGAUGGCCUGGUCUUUUCACAAUUCGCCCCGAACAGGUUCUGGUCAUUCCAACAAAAUCUUGCUCCACUGUGUCGUUGCAGGGCUCGAUGUAUGGGGCUUCCUCAGUGUCAACUGUUUCCUCCAAAUGUGCUCGGUUACCAGUGUCAUCAGGAUAACUUGACACUUUGGAUGAUUCCUUGAAGGUCACCUUUUGGGGCAGCUUCGUUAGUUUUAAAUGGACCCUGUGACGCCUCUAAGAAGAGCCAUCUGCUGUCUCUACUUUAUACGACCUCUCGAUCAUCAAGUCCUUCCAUGACCACCCCAUUCUUCCAUUCCUUUUGUCCCUGAAUGAAUAUGGUUUGAUUCUCACUGUGUCUCGAAUCCCUCUCUUAAGGUGGGUACAGCUGUAAGUCAUUAGUACCAGUAUUGAAGAAAGAAUGAGCUUGCCUUUUUUGCACAUCUCUCAGUUUGUCUCUCUCGUGGCUUAUGUUCAGGUUCCUUGGCUCCAGCAGAUUGCCAGUUGUGGGAAGAAGAGUCCUCGUCCUCCUGUUCAUGAGUCUCUGAAUUAGACUGCUCCCUAUGCCUUGUGAUGGAAUAUUGUGCUCAGCAAGAAACCCCAGGUAGUCUCGUCACCGCAGCAGUCUUGCGGAGGAAACGUUUGGCAGAAUUGACAGCUGCAUCCACUUUCCCAUGCCUUACUAUUGUAGGGGGAUGUCGUUAUACUUGAUGCAUCUAAAUCUUAAUACGCAUUUUUUUCGGUACACAUACAUGUUUAUGUAGACUUCAAAACUGACCGUAUUUUGACGUAUGCAAGUAUGCGCGAGCACUAACACAAAAGGUCUGUAACGAAGUUGAAAACGGAGAGAGAGGCUCGCGCGUAAGACUCUUACGCUACGCUAGACAAAGAACUAGACAAAGGACGGCUGUGUGUGGGAGACUGACGCCUGAUUGGCUUUUCCUGGCCAUAUAGUAACAUUCUAGAAAUAGUUUGGGCGCUCUCAGGUUUUCUGAUCACGUCCAAACUACGUAGCCUCCCUGAGUAGAUUUUAACUGCAUUCUAUUCGUUAUCGUGCUUGAUUCCUGCUGUAUUAGCAAGACACUGUCUCGUGUUUAUAAAGGACAGACCGGUUUCCAGUUUAGGGGUCUUCGUUUUUGAGUUUUUGGGUGCUUUGUUUUUGAGAUUUGGAUGCUUCGUUUUCGAUAGGUGCUUCGUUUUCGAGAUUUGGGUGCUUCGUGCUUCGGUCUUCUUUUUCAAGUGCUUCAUUUUCGAAACUACCGUUGAAUAACAGCUACUUCCCUACAAGUCAUUGACGUGCCACAUACUGACUUCUAACAAGGCGCCAGGUUUUGACAAGGUGCCUGUCUCAGUAGAAAAGGAUUGUCUUUUGAGUACAUUUUGCCAACAAUAACUAGCAUAAUGACAACCACUCAUUUACUAGCUCGAUUUUUCCACGAGCCUUCUGGAAAAAUGGUGAAGUGGUCCCCCUGGCCUCAUCUUAAAGAUGGGGAUCACGAAGUACCAAAUAAUAAUUGUCCUGUCUCUCUACUGCCUGUGCUCUCCAAGUAGCUGAGAGAAAUUUGCCUUGGGUUAAUUUAACAACUUCUUAACCCAGAAAACCGUCUCACUGGUCACCAAAGUGGAAACUGGAAGCACCACUUGAUGGAAACAUAGUAAGCGAUCACAUCUUCAGUGCCAUUGAUAAAAAGCAAAUUACGGCAAUGGUGCUUAUUGACUUAAGCAAAGCCUUCGACAGCCUAUGCCAUUCAACCCUUUCUUCCUCUAUGGUUUGAAAGUUAGCUUAAAAUACAUUAAACUGACAACAGUGUCUCAUGUUGCAACUUCACUGUCGGAACCACUCGCUAUUACACAUGGCCUUCUUCAGGGCUCAAUUCUCGGUCCAAUGCUUUUCAGCCUGUGCAUGAACAAUUUACCCGAUUAGUCAUAAAGCUAAGCCUAAUAACAUUGAAAUUAUGACACUAAGAUAUAUUUUCUUGUUUGCGUCUAAAGACAUUGAUUCAUGUCACGCAAAGUUGCUGAGGAUAUCCAUCAUGUUGCAGAGUGGUGUUGUGCCAUACCACUUUUUUAUUAAUCCUGACAAAACCAAGAUUUUCCUGGUUGUGGUGUAAGGCACUUCAUCUCCAUUCCAAGUUGCCCGGGGGCUUUUAUUAGAUUGCAGGUUGUUUUUGUUUGAGAGAUCAUGAGAUCAUUUAUGGUGUAGCAUAUACAAGUAUUCCAGUUGUCUCUGUCUUGAGAAAGCCUCUGGUAAAUAUCACUGCAUGGGUGCAAAGAGUCUUCACAGUAAUAUUGUUCAGGUAUAAUCCAUAAUUAUAGGCUCAAAAAACUCAAGUGGUGACGUGGGGACUGCAAAUGUGAGUGGAGAGUAUGAGGCUAAUUUUGAAGUUGCAGUUUACAGGUGACAAAGAAAAACUUGACAUCUACUUUAAUUUAUCAUAAUCCAGAUAUGCCUGUGAAAAAAACCAAAAAGAAAAAAAGUGGAAAAAAGAGUGCUAAGAAAGGUCUUAAGGGACUUCAGAGUAUUGCUGAAGUACUCAAGUCAUUGAGGCAGCAGUAUGAGACAAAAAGCAAGGACUCUAACAGUUACCCACACCCUGAUGUAAAGAAGCUUAUCAACCACCAUGCAGAUAAUAACAGUCUCUUAGCCAAGGUCAGUAGUUCUUACUAAAAUGAUCUAGAGCUGUAUAAAUAUAAAGUUUAGAUUAAAUACCUGUUUACUCUAAAGAAAUUAAAUAUUAUGUUGUUUGUAUUAGGUUCGAUAGAUGCUUAUGUCAUUGGCUGGUUUAUUAGAACAGCAGUGUUUGAUAUCCACUUAAUUGGUAUUACUGAAAGUGUCUCCUAGACUGAUGAUCUAGUGUUAGGGAUUUUCACAUGACAACACCAAAAUUCAAACUAUUAAUUAGUAACUAUUGAUUCCUCUGAGUUUCUACUUUCAUGAGGUUUUACAGCACCUAAAAACCUUCAUUUACACAAAUUUUCGGUUACUUGAAUUUCCAGGCUUUUGCAUGACACGGCAUUUAAAGCUGAUGGUGGCUGCAGGGAUCUCUUCAUCCUCGGAGACCCAGUGAGACCGGUCAGUCGGGCGGGGGAAAAGGCGCGACGAAAGUUUUCAAGCACAGGCGGAAAAGCCCCUGGGUACCGACUCUCAUCGGACGAUUUCCAAAUGGUCAUGGUCAAGCGAAUGCUGGCUCCUGAUUGGGUACAAAAAAUGCUUUGUAUUAUUGUGCCCAAUUGGCGAACAGCAUCUCCUGAGUUCUUCUCGUGAGUUCGUACACUACGGCCUAUUAUCUCACCACAUUUGCCAGGUUCGUUCACCAAGCUUUCCUAAUCAGAGACGAAGGAACUACCUAUCAGUCGAAAACCGUUUGGAUGGUACCAGCAGGAGCAAUUCAGAUUGCACUAAGAAAAUUCUGUUUCUGAUGGAUCAAUUAAUAGGCUGUUUAAGAUGCAGCGGAGACGAGAAAGUAAAAAGGCAAUGGCUUGACAAGGGAAAACAACGACUUUGCACGCGCAUCACGCUUUUUUGUACAUUUCUUUGCCGUCACUGCACGACUACCACGUGAAAAUGCCUAAUUUCACGUUUAGUGAAGGACUUAAACAAGCAAUGAGAAAAUUUUCUUUCUCUUGAACUUGGGUAUAUGGUUGACGGAAAUUCACCCCCAGAAGGGUUCACUUGCAUUUGACAAAGUAUUAAGCGAGUUGGAAUAAUCACGAUAAAGACUGAAAAAAUGUGAAUUCACUUUUCAUGCCACGUUUUCGUGGCAUCUUAAACUUCCUAAUAUUUACGAAGGCAUGAUCGAUGAAAGUGUGAAUACCUGUUGUAAGCUCAAGCUUGUAUUUGUGGAAAAGCGUCUUCAGUUUUCGGGUAGACAGUAUUUUGAAAUGGAGAGUUUAUAUCAAACUUAAAGUUUCCAGACUGCGUGCAUUUCUUUGGUACGUGAGCCAGACAAGCCGUGAUUGAGUCAAUAGCCGGCGUGUACGAACUCACGAAAAGAACUCAGGAGAUGCUGUUCGCCGAUUGGGCACAAUAAUACAAAGCAUUUUUUGUGCCCAAUCAGGAGCCAACAUUCGCUUGACUGCUUGGAAAUGGUCCGGUGAGAGUCGGUACCCAGGGGCUUUUCCGCCUGUGCUUGAAAACUUUGGUCGCGCCUUUUCUCCCGCCCGACUGACCGCCACUGGGUCUCCGAGGAUGGGAUCUCUUAUGUAGGUUAAAAAAGUAAUGUUACUGAUUUUUUUGAGAUUUUGCUAUCUAAACAUUCCUUGUCUUAGAAUAAAUAUUACUUUAGUCUUUAUGAGUUCCUCAAGUGAUGAAUAUGCUUAAGUAGGAAAACUAAAAAAAAGAUGUUUCUGUUAGUUUCUGGCGGCCAUAUUUGUGCCCCUUAAAGGGACGCCAACAUGAUGGCAUCUCUAUACAAAUUAGCAUUUUAUAUUUGGGUAAAACGUUUUUCUGAAUAUCUCGCAUAUGAAUUAUCACAUAGUCCUGUUUCUUGGCAAGGCUUUUUGAAUAUUUAUCUUCUUUUAUUUCCCAGAAUUUCUGGACUUUCUGUAUUGACUGGUUUGCAUUUUUGUUUUGAUGGCCACGUGACAGUGAAAAUACAGAAUAGGCCAUUUUCAUGAUGAUGGCAUGCUCCAUGAAAUUAAGGCGAAUCGUUAAAAUUCGCGUUAAUUUUGUUGAGCAUUAAUUUCCGCGACGUUAAUUAAGUGCAGCGUUGAUUUCCGCGCUCUUAAUUUCCAGUAUUUUAACCCCAAUUUUGGAGCCUGUCCAGACAUUCUUGACACCUAAAAAACAUUAACUAGAAGCUUUCUUUCUUUCCAUUUACCCUUUAUUUUUCAUCCUUCACAAAAGCUAAGGCGAAGGUUUUACAAUAUUUCGAGUUCAUCUUUAUCGUUGUCGCUGUCAGAAGUGAUGCUCAGUUUUGUUCAGCUUUGAAUUUUUUUGCAUCCAGUGUUGAAAGAAAUUUGUUCCAGUUGUCACCACCAACUGUCUUAAUCGCGUUAAUUUCCUUUAUUAUGAAAUUCUACCUCCUCUUUCGCGUUAAUUUUCUUUAUUCGAAAGUCUUUUGCCAUUAAAUUCGCGUUAAUUUAAGUCGCGUUAAUUUCCAAUACCUUAAUUUCAUGAAGCGUUAAUUUCCUAUAAUAAGGUACAUUUUGAAUGAAUAAUAAGGAUUAUUAAGCUACUAACUCAUACAAUAAUACUAUUUUCCAAAUUGUAUUAAUGUUUUUUAUUUUGACAGUUCAUUCUAACUCCUGGACCAUCAGAUGAAUUGCCAGUAAAAGUACCCCCUCUGCUGACAGCAAUAAGGAGUACACGUUAUGUUCAUGUAAAGGAACUCUACAUAUGGGAUAUACCCAUGAAACAUGAAGACAUUUCCACGUUGGUUGGUAGUAAAUACAUAGGGUGCUUUUUUUAUAUCAAUUUUUAAGUUGUAGCUGACAUUUAGCUAUCUUGUUAUCUUUCUUGUUUUUAAAUUACCAGUAGUGCACUUAAUUAACCCUCGAUGAGUGAUCAGGACCUGAAAUGUCCUUUUCUGGCCUGUGUGGAACCCGAUUACCGUAUUUAUUCGAAUAAGCGGCGAACCUCGAAUUAGCGCCCACCUCGAAUAAGUGCCCAUUCUAAAGGAGAAAAAGUUAAUAAGCGCACAGCCUCGAAUAAGCGCCCACCCCCUCCUCCUCCCAAUCAAACUCAAAUAAGCGGCUCACCCCCACCCCACCCACUUAAGUGAAUAAGUUCCAAUAAGAGACUUCCCCGAGGACGGAGUUUUCUUCAGAGUAUUUUACAGAAACCUUGCUUUGUUACUUCUUCGCGUUUUGUUAUUAGCAUUUUUGUUUUGUUGCAAAAUAAACAUACUUCACUUGCUGAAGAUGGUGAAAAUUUUUUAUAAGUGCCCAGCUUCGAAUAAGCGCCCCCCUCAAAUAAGCGCCCACUCUCAAGGUCCAAAAAUUUAAUAAGCGCCCAGGGCGGUUAAUCGAAUAAAUACGGUACCACUUAUGCAGGUCUUAUUCUAUUCUGCGAAAUGAAACGAAACGAAACAAAAAUAUGGGGGAGAGAGAGAACAUUUUUAAUAUCCUAAACACAGUUCAAGACAACAUUUAAAAUGUGUUUGGAAGUAAUAGUUAACGAAUAAUGACGUAUUUUUACCUGUUUCGCAAACUAGUAGUAAUUUCACUAGAAUUGCUAUUUUGCGAAAUGGCUUUUUUUUUCACCUUUAUUUAGCAAAUAUGUGUCUUCGUCUGAAAGAAAUUGUGUCCACCAAUAAAAUGAUUAAUAUUUCAAAGAAUCUGGGCACCUCUCAUUUUAUAGACCGUACUACAACUCAUUUCAUAAAGUAGUAAUUUUGCCAGAAUUACUAUUUUGCGAAAUGCAAAGCGCUUAAAACAGCGAUGUAUAAGCGCUAUAUAAAUUCCAUUAUUAUUAUUAAAUGGCGGUUUUUCACCUUCAUUUAGCAAAUAUAUCCUUUUUCGUCAGAAACAAAUUGUGUCCACCAUUAAAAUAAUUAAUAUUUCGAAGAAUCUGAGCACCUCUCAUUUUAUAGACCGUACUAGAACACAUUUCGCAAAGUAGUAAUUCUGCCAGAAUUACUAUUUUGCGAAAUUUCGUUUUUUCACCUUUAUUUAGCAAAAUGUCGGAAACAAAUUGUGUCCACCAAGUGUAUUAUUCAGACACUUUUGGUUCGCAGUGAAGUUUAGUCUUUUCCAGCGGGUCAUAAAAAAUAUAUUUUUGUAAACAUAAAUAUGAUCAAUUCCCCACGAAAAAUCUGGCAAUUUCUCUUUUAGUACUGAAUCGUAUUAAAAGUCAUUUCAUAAUGCAGUAAUUUUACAAGAAAUUAUAACUAUUGUACGAAGUUAGCAAUUUUCACCUUUUCUGAAACAGGGCAUUCGUUGUCGUAUCAUAAAGUGAUUAAAAAUAAAACAAUGUACAUUUGCAUCUACGACCUAUCUACGCUAUAACCCCAAACCAAAUCAAUGCUAACGCCUUGUUGAAAUUUACAAAGUUUAUCAUCAUUUAAGUCGUUCCAUUAAGAGCUAAUACAUCAUUGUUGGAGUGAGCUAAAAAGCUUAAGGCUGUUGGUGAGGUCACUGCGUACUAGCAAUGCGUGCAGUUUUCAAGAUAUGUGGAAAUAAAAGUCAGCCAGGCCUACAACUAGUCGAAAAGCUGGUUAGGCCCUUGAUUGCUUGCUGAUCAUGGUCGUGAGCUUUCUUUGCAUGUCUGAUCAACAACAUUUGUCCUGUAUUGACACGUUUCUCUAUUAAAGUUUUGCUCAAAUGAAUUUUCAACAAUGCGAAAGGCCGUCUCCUAUACAUGUAGGUUUUGUUGCGAACCUCGAGUAUUUCGAAUUAAAACAUUUAUCCGACGACAGCCUUGGACAAAAAUCUGCUACCAACAGAUUUGCCAAGCAAUCUUGAAGCUGAAGAAUUACAGUCGAAAAAAGCAGCAAGUAGCGGGAACUGUGUGUAUAAUUCUGCUUCGAUUGUCCUUAACGGAAAUGAAGAUCUAUUCCACUAUUAAGGCUUCUAACUGCAGUUGAAUGGCAUAAGAAUGUACCAUUCUAUGCAUCACACCCAAACUUACCUGAAGGUGCAAGCGACUGUGGUCUUCUAGAGAUUAGCUUGUUUAUCCAGUGUUUGUCUGAGAGUGGGCUUAAAGUAUUUGAAAACACGAAGGAUCGCAUCAAGGUUGUAGAAGGUGAAGCUAUUGCUGGAUGCUGCGGCAAAAAAUGGCCCGUAAUUAUGCACAUCAUGGCUCUUUCGACUGUUAUUGGCAGGCCAAUAUUCUCUCUUUAUCCCGAAUGCAACACAAAUACUCGUGCCCUUUGUCACAAAGAAAUCUUGCCACGAGAUUAUGAUACAAAGAAACGAGACAUCAGUGCCAAUACAGCGAUGAUUCUUUGGUCCAGGGACAGCAACCUAGACCACCACCCCAGAAGCUGGUAUGAGCCAACUCACUUCGUACCAAUAUUAGUACCAGUAUUAGAGAAAGACCAGCGUGAUGGGGUGCAGAAGGAAAAACGACGAAAAAUAAGUUAUUUUUUUAUAAAACAUUGCUCCCUACAAUCGAGGAAGAAAGUACUCCACCUGUUAAGAAGCAGUGUUUGGAAGAGGAUGAACGCAAUCCACCAAAACAUGGCGACAAGAGUGAGAAAAGGGUUUAUUAAGAGAAGGCGCAGUUAAAAGCUUCACCAGAAGGAGAAGAAAGGAAUGACAAAACAGCGAAAGAGAGAUAUGAAAUAAAGAGGCAGCGCGUCUUUCAGGCCCACUGGAAAGAAGUGUAUCCUUGGGUUGAACGUGAUUCCAUUAGCGAUGUAAUGUAUAUAUAACCUUUCAAACAGAGCUAUAAUUGUGUUCACAAUUGAGUGUAACAUGUUACGAGGACUUGUCUAAACCAGUGCUUAUCCAAACAUUUGUGGAAAUCAGGGAUGCCAGGUUUUUGUGUGUUUUAGCAGACAGUGCCACAGACGAGUGUCACACAGCAGUUGACUGUUUUUGUACGUUAUACUGAUUCAAAUAGGAGACCAUCAACACAGUUUUCUGACCUUGUCUCCCUUCAGUCUGCCGAUGCUAGUGGUAUAACAAAUGCUAUUAAUAAAGGACUUGAAGCUGUACAGCUUGAUGAAAGUGUGUUGAGUUAAAAGUUAGUAGGCUGCAAUUUUGAUGGUGGCCAAUGUUACGAUUGGGACCAAGGGUGGAGUGAGUAAGAAGCCGGAGGAUAAAGUUGGUCACCCACUAUUCAUCAUCCACUGUGUAGCUCACAAACUGGAACUGGCUGUACUUGAUGCUGUGAAGAGGUGCCCUCACCCUCCAACAUUUGAGGAUACAGUUAAAGAGGUAUACAAGUUUUAUUAUUCUCGAAAACGACGACGAGAGGUCAGUAAGAUUGCCAAUAUAAUCGGUGAAGAUGCAGUCUAUUACAGCGGUCUGCAGAAGACAAGGUGGCUGGCAAGCAGAUACCGCGGUAUAACUGCCUUGGAGAAGCACUAUGUCACUACUGUUAUGCACCUGCAGCAUAAAACUGGAUCCACUGGUGAAGAUGGGGAACAUGCCAAGGGAAUUCUGAAAAAAAGUCUGUCCGAGAGGUUUCUCAAACACCUUUACUUCUUGUUGAAUGUGAUGAAGAUUUUGUCAGAGCUGAGUAAAUCUUUCCAAAAAUAUGAACUUUGCAUAACAGACGUGGUUACAAAACUAGAGACGACCGUGAUCAUGUUAGAAGAGUUGAAGCUCCAAAGGGGAGGUCAUUACAGAAAGUUUAUGGAGAGUUAUUCUGAGGAAACAGCAGUGUUCAUCUGUGGCAAGGACCACCAACUAAAACUGACACAUGCAGGCAACAUGCUUGAUCAACAGUUUGACACUUUUCUUACGGUAGUCCUGACUUACUGGAAGUCAAAUCGUCGAGAGAAACCCUGCAGCUUGUUCAGAAUAUUCGACCCACGAGAGAUGCCUCAGACCCUCGCGGCCUAUGGGCGUAAUGAAAUUCGCUCCCUCGUUCAGUACUUUGGGUACCUCCUUACUGAGAAAGAGAAGGAAAAUAUCCUUGAUCAGUGGCCCAUGCUCGGUACCAGACUCAGCAGACAAAGGGCAAACAAUCCAGUUCUAGCGUCAAGACCUGAUGACGUGAAAGGCUGCCUCGUACUUGUAGACCUUAUGAUGACAUUGUCACAAUCCACAGCCAAAUGUGAAAGGAGCUUCUCGGCGAUGAACCAGCUUGAGAGUAAUGUACGUACACGAAUCUCACAAGGAAUCUUGGUAGAUUUAAUGAGGGUUCCUUCCUCUGAUAUUUCCACCAAGGAAUACUGUUCUGGUCCUGCCAUUUCCCACUGGAUUUUGGAUGCAAAGACGACGGGACGUACUGUAAAUAGUGAUUAAACUCGUGGUUGUAGAACGUUUACUACGCAUAUUGCCUAAUUUUAAGCACAGUACUGUUGUAAAUCGACUUGGCUGAGAUUCUCACUUGCAAAUCACUUGUAGCUUUGUAAGACUGUUCUAUUAGCGUUUGGUAGCCUUUUGUAAUCUUGUAAUCUUGCAGUACUGUUGGAAAUCGACUUGGCGCAGAUUCUUACAUACACAUCAGUUGUAGCUUUGUAAGACCGUUCUAUUAGCGUCAAGUUACCUUGUAAUGAUUUCACAAUGUAAUGAGAGUAUUUGAACUGGUUUUAAAUGCAGCACGAACCUCUGUUUAGUAUGGACAUUUUCACAAGAGGUUAAAACCUCUAUUUAGUAUGAAUAUUUUCACAAGAGGUUAACCAGUAAUAUGUAGUUUUUAGCAUUGUGUUCAAAGAAAAACGUUUGUCUGUUAUUUGGACCUUCAUUCCGUUAGCUUCACUUAAAUUCCUUAUUUCAUCAUUGUGAGUUGACUUUCAAGACAAAGGCAUUUAUAAUCAAAAGGUUAAGACUGAAUUAUUGUACUAGUGUGUCAAGAGUAUCUUACCAGGUCUACUUAUAGUUCACACUUUUACGGUUAUUCAUUGGUGUUGUUAAAUAACUACAGCUGAUUACAAUGAAUAAAUAAAGCCAGUAAUUUAUUAACUUACAGUGUAAUUAGGAAAGGAAUAACUUUUUUUUUUAUUCUGCUCGCGAAAAACUUUUUUCGGGCUAGUAGAUGUAACACUGACUUUCUUUACACCCUGACCAAAGUGCACCCAUCUGCACCAAGCUCCACCAAACUGCACCAAAAAGCACCAAAUUGCACCAAUCUGCACCAAGUUGCACCAAACUACACCACGUUGCACCAAACCGCACCAAUCUGCACCAAGUUGCUCCAAACUGCAGCAAGUUCCACCAAUCUGCACCAGAGGGCACCAAGUUGCACCAGUCUGCACCAAACUGCACCAGGUUGCGCCAACGUGCACCAAUCUGCGCCAAACUACACCAAGUUGCUCCAAACUGCACCAAAGACACCAAGUUGCGCCAAUCUGCACCACGUUGCUCCAAACUGCACCACGUUGCACCAAUCUGCACCAAGUUCCACCAAACUGCACCCGAGGGCACCACUCUCCACCAAGUUGCACCAAACUGCACCAAUCUGCACCAAGUUCCACCAAACUGCACCAAUCUGCACCAGAGGACACCAAGUUGCACCAAUCUGCACCAAGUUCCACCAAAUUGCACCAAUCUGCACCACAGGACACCAAGUUGCACCAAAGUGCACCAAUCUGCACCAAAUAGCACCAAGUUGCAACAAUCUGCACCAAACUCUACCAAGUUGCACCAAACUGCACCAAGUUCCACUAAACCGCACCAAUCUGCACCAAAGGGCACCCAAGUUACACCAAUCUGCACCAAUCUGCACCGAGUUCCACCAAACUGCAUCAAUCUGCAUCAAGUUCCACCAAGCUGCACCAAUCUGCACUAAACUCCACCAAAGGGCACCCAAGUUGCACCAAUCUGCACCACGCUCCUGCUGGUACACAGAUUUGAGUACUAGAGGCGUGAGAUUUAAGCCGUUGCAUCUUGGCAGGUAUCCCAGGAGGGUACUUCCCAUAAUGGCCUAGAUUCGAGCCUAGAUAUUUGAAAGAGGUGCUUUUUCGUCAAAAAUGGUGCAUAAACGGUUAAGGGGUUGGACCUCGAUGCGGAGCCUCCACGCAUAAAACGUUGUCACCGAGUACCUCCCUCUGGGCAGGUAUUCUAAAAAAAGUGACAGAAAACGGAAUAUGCCAUUAUCUUAGCCGCGGCAUAGCCCUCAUUCACACGUUGGUUCGAAUUUAUUUGACUCUACAUCUCUUUUGAAAAUAAUGUGUGGCUUGCAAGGCGUGGGCAGUCGUAGAAUCGAAGUUAGUUUUAUGCAUGGUUCAAUUUGACCUGUUACCAUGUGUUAUACUGUCUUCACUGUCCUUUAACUUUAUUUGUCGAUCGAAUAGAAUCUGUACAGGAACUAUUUACUACUCUUUUCAACACGGGGAUUUUCCAUAUCCCAUCAUGCUUUUGGGUCUCAGCCCCAGACUUCUACAUCCUACACAUGCGCUCCGGGCAUACCCCCGGGGAUUUGCAUUUGUUUUUCUAUCUUGAUGGUCUUUUUUCCAGCCACCGAGCUCUUGAUCGACCUGAUAUUAGUAAAAUGAGAGGUACCCAGAUAUUGAUAAAAUGAGAGGUGCCCACAUUCUUCGAAAUAUUAAUAAUUUUAUUGGUGGACACAAUUUCAGUUUCCGACGGAAAGGACAUAUUUGCUAAAUGAAGGUGAAAAAACGCCAUAUCGCAAAAUAGUAAUUCUGGCAAAAUUUCUACUUUGCGUAAUGAGUUCUAGUACGGUCUAUAAAAUGAGAGGUGCUGGACACAAUUUCUUUCAGACGAAAAGGACAUAUUUGCUAAAUGAAGAUGAAAAAACGUGAUUUCGGAAAGUAGUAUUCUCCACUAUUUCAUCAAUAGGGCCUGACUAGCCCUGUCUGGUUAACUGUACAUGUUAUACUUUGAAUUUCUGAUCAGGCCACUGGACUUGCUUACAUGUGCGCCAAAUCAAGUAAUUUUGGUAAUUUGAUCCUUUUCACUUGUAGGCAUUGUUUCUGGAGCAGUCUAUCUAUCCUAUUCAGUACUUAGAACUGAUGGAAUGUAGCAUCGAUAGCUAUGGGGUGAACAGGCUUGCAAGGUACCUUUUUUUUUAAUUGUAAUAUUGAGAUGUCCAAUGGGCAAGCAACAUAAUUUUGCUGAGUUAAAGUAAAUGUUACAGUUGUUGAAAAAGAGAGUAGGACUGUGCAGACUGUUCUGGGCUGGUAAACUUUAGCAAUCAGGGACGGCAAAGUGUAUUAUAUUUUCAACUGGAGGGCUUGGAAAUCAGGGCCAGAGGUGCAGAUUUGUAGGGAGGUAUGGGAACCAUCCACCCCCAGGAAAUUUUGAAACCUAGAGGCUCAGAAAUGCUAUUUUCAACAUUCUUCAUGAGAUAUUUCUUUAAAAAAUAAAACUCAACCUAAAUAAAGUGUAAACUGACAGGUACGUGUAGUGCUUACCCCAAUAUCUGGAGGUUAAUUGUAAACUUGAUGCCCGAGGUCUUAUGGCCUCCGGCGUUACUCAGACCAAGGGCACAGUUUCUCCCAAUACGGACCGACCUAGGCCGGUGAAUAACAUUUUUAUUUUUUUCCAACUGAGAUUGAAAAGUUUCAGAAAAAUUUUCCUUUACUCUCCAACCUACGUGUGUUGAAUCCGUUUUGCAUAGUAUAAGAAUUUGUGGCGUCUAAUUCAAAUAAAAGAUCAUUUACUUCUUUUCCUGAUUUAAGAGUAGUAACAAAAUUCAUCCCUGUGUUCAACAAAAAAAAUGGCCAGUUGCAUUACCAUUCCUUCGCUGCAGGGUGAGAUGAAAAAUAUGUCUUAAAAAAUUGCUUGCCCUUUGAGGAACCCUCCACUUUUCUAGAGAAAACCGUAAAAAGCUUCUCCAAGCACCAUUGUUGCACUGGAAGAUCCUUUUCAGCCAGGCUGGUCGUAAAGAUUUAAUCAUACUUUCCAGAUCGAUCAUUUUUAAACGACCGUUUUCAUGUUCGUUAAUUGUGGAAAGUCUUGUCACUUUAUCGGUUCCUUUCCACAAAAAUUUUGAUUUAAAUUUGAUUUAACUCUUUAAAGAUUUACUUGGGGACCGGCAGAAGCGAGGAAAUGUAAACAAAUUUUGGUAUGAUUUAAGACUUGAUAAUUGUUACUUUUCCAUAGAUAGAAAGGCAUCUUGAAGACCAAAUGUUUAUAAGUUUUUUGACACUGUCCAAUCUCUCAAAAAAAUUUUUUUCGCGCAAAAGUUUGAUAUAGUAUGAGUAAAAAACACCGACGGCUUUGGUUGGUUCGUCACGCCAUUUUAUACCAAAAGGUUUUGAAAUUUUAUCUGUAGACGACCCGAUCCACAUUCCUUUAGUUUUAGAUGAGUUUAUUACAAGUCCUGAUAAGUUAUUGAAUACUUCGAGAAGGUUACAAAGGGCCUGUGCCGAGUCAAUGUCAGACAGAACGGCCGUUGUGCCAUCAGCAUAUUGAAGGAGUUUUGUUUCUUCGCCACCGAUUUUAAUACCAAUUAUCUAUGGGUUUUGACGAAUUGCCAAAGCAAGAGUUUCAACUGCAACCACGAACAAAUAUGAGAAAGCGGUUUUAAUUAUGAAAGAUAAUUCAAUGGGUAACACCCAUGACAACUAUCAACCAAUCACGUGUCUAGCGUUAAUGUGGAAAUUGCUCACUGGAAGAUCUGCUUCCAACUAUAUGAACAUCUAGAGAGGGAGCAGCUACUCCCCGAAGAGCAAAAAGGCUGCAGAAGAAAAUCUGGAGGAACAAAAGAUCAGUUGAUAAUAGACCUUUUUACCGAUACGGCAGCCAUAUUGAAUUAAUUGGAUUUAAGGAGUAUUAUGGGAUGCCCAGGCGGCAUGAGGACGAUCCAGUAUACUUGCAUCAGUAUUUACGUGCGCUCUUCGGGCCAAUUUUUCUUUAGGUUUUCCCAGAAAAAGAUUGUAAUGGGAAAAAAGAUCGUUGUGCCGUGUUUGGAUAUAAUGACGAUCGCCUUUUUCCCGAGAAAUAUACGUUGAAAUUCUCUUUUUGCCCGAAAAGCGCGCAUAAAUACUGAGCCAGUGCCCCCUGGGCAUCCCAUAAUACUCCUUAAAUCUAAUAAAUUCAAUAUGGUCGCCGUAUAGGUAAAAAAGUCUGUUGAUAAGAUGGUGAAAAUGAUUGCAAGGGGAGGAAGACAAAAUUGGGUGAUGGCAUGGAUUAGCUAUGAAAAGGCGUACGACAUGGUGCCACACGUGUGGAUCAUAAAAUGCCUCAACCUAGUUGGUGCUGCUGAGAAUGUAUAAACUCUCCUGGGAAGAAAUAUGGAGGGGUGGAGAACUGUCGUGACCCCAAGCAAUGAGUCGCAUGGCGAAAUUUGAAUCAGACGAGGAAGUUUUCAGGGUGACUCCCUAUCACCAUUGCUUUUCGUCAUUGCUAUGAUCCCUCUAACACUUUUACUCCGAAAGGUGAAGCCUUGUUAUGUCCUACGCAAUGACCAGAUACGGAUUAACCACCUGCUGUUUAUGGAUGAUCUAAAGUUGUAUGGAAAGAACGAGCGUGAGAUUGAAUCGUUAGUCCAGACUGUCCGUAUUUAUAGUGAAUAUAUUGCUGUGGAGUUCGGUAUUCAGAAGUGUGCAUUCAUAAAAUCUUGAAGGGAGGAAAAACUACCAAUUUUGACGGUAUUAAGUUACCUGCGGAAGGAAGGGAAAUUUCCGCAUUAAAACAGGAAGAAGGAUACAAGUAUCUGGGAGUGUUAGAGGCUAGUGAUGUCUUACAGGAGGAAUUAAAAAUAAAACUGACAAAGGAAUACUUUCACGGGAUAAGAUCGAUUCUGAAGUCGAGGUUGAACAGAGGCUAUGUUGUCGCAGCUAUUAACGAAAGCACUGUAUCUCACCUGAGGUAUAGUGGAGGUUUAUUGGAGUGGAAGAAAGCGGAGGUGGAAGCUAUUGAAGACAAGAAAGUUGUUCACAAUGUAUGGCACUCUAAACCCUCGAGCAAAUACAAGUAGAGUAUACUGCCAAGGAAGGAAGGUGGACAUGGGCUGAAUAGUGCAGCGGACUGUGCCACCAUGGAACAGUUGAUCGAGUUUGAACAAGAGCCAUGUUCAGCAGAGUCAGGAAAUGCUGCUAAAAAGCUACCUGCCUUGUUUUGAAGCCUAAAGCUGAAAGCGACCCUUUGCAGUAUUAGCAGCAAAGGAGUGAUGAAAGAAUGGCUGACUGGAAGGAAAAACCAUAAUUUCCAUGGUCAGUUUUUAAGGCAUACAGAAGGUGCAACUAGUAAUCUCUCUUGGACGUGGUUGAAGAAGGGGGGAUUUAAGGAUACAUAACCAGGCAUUGCGAACGAAGGCAAUAAAGGUAAUGAUUGACAAACAGGCUGUCAGCUCAAAAUUCAGGUUGUGCAAGAGUGUGGAAGAAUCAGUAAGCCAGAUAGUUUGUGAAUGCUGAGUGUUGGCUCAGAGAAAAUAUAAAGGUAGUCAUGAUAGUAUUGUAAAAGCUGUCCAUUGGUGCCUGUGCAGAAAGUACGGAUUGACAGUUGCUGCCAAGUGGUAUGAGCAAGUCCCUGGAAAAGUUCGAGAGUCCGGGAAGUCAAAAUCCUUUGGGAUUUUAGCAAACAGACUGAUCAUCAGCUUCAACACAAUAGACCUGACCUUGUAGUAGACAUACAGCAAGCAGUUUGCCAAAUUAUUGACGUAGCUGUGCCAGAAGAUGCUAGGGUGGAACUGAAGAAGAAAGUGAAAAUUGGUAAAUAUCAAGACCUGGCAAGAGAAUUGAAAACUGUGGAAGGUCAAAAGAAGGGUUGUGCCUAUUGUUGUCGGGGCACUUGGGACAAUCCCUAAAGGAUUAGUUGGUCAUCUUGAAAGCUUAGGGGUGCACUAUCAGGAAGAAUCCUGAAGGAGAAUCCUCCAACGGGUUCUCUACUACUAAGAACGCAAGACGUGACUUGUGCCGGGAACUGGUUAGCAGUUGAACACUGAGAGUAUAUACAUAUUAUUAUUAUUAUUAUUGUUGUUGUUGUUGUUGUUAUUUUAAAUGAAGAUGUGAUCGUCACAGUGGUAAUUGCAAUUUAAGCAAUUGCAGAUUAACCCCCCCCAAAAAUUGGGACUUCAACGGGAAUCGAACCCAUGGCCUCUGAGUUAGCGCUGCAGUACUCUAACCAAUUGAGCUAUGAAGACCCAUACAUGGGAGCAGGCCAAUUUGUUGAGUUCAUCUUAAGGUGGCUCGACUGGAUUUUUUGGGGUUGAUACCUCCCAAGUUUGAGCAUUAACUAUGUCGGCAUGAGUAAAGAUAUGGAAAAAAGAUUGCCACAACUGUAUUAUGCAAAGAUCAAAAUUUCUUAUGAUCUGGGUUUUAUUGCAAUCGGAGUCGCCAUGGCAACGUAAUGACGCCAUUACGUUUUUCAUUUAUCUUUGUGUUUCUCUGUACCAGGAGUUUUUUGAAGAAAUCGCCUAAGGGAGCAUGUACCUGCUAUAAUUGCCUCCAUUAUGGCAAAGUUUGAACAAAUUCUAUGAGAGCGUUUUCGAAAUAUUUUGAAAUGCAGUUUUAAGAAUCGUAAAAACAGUGAAAUAGCAUGUUAGCCACACAAUUCGCUAAUAUUUUCAUAGUGGUUUGAUUCCAUUGAAAACUGCAUACAAAAAAAGAGGGGAAUUGCUCUGGGCGAUCGCGAGUAAGAAGAAUGUUAUUAAAUUGCACUCAGCUGCUUUUGGUGCGGUUUUUGGACGUAAUUUGGUCCAUGCCUAAAAAUUUCGCAUUUUUCCAAAAACCGCUCGAUAAUUUUUUUUUAUAAAUUAGACAAUCUCGAGAUUAAUCGUCAAGAAAUAUUCCCUGCAAGUUUCAAGAACAUUGAAAACAGGGAAGGCUGUUAAAUAGGGGCUCAAAUAUAGCCAAUUUUCUCCCCAGAUUUUGUGUUUACAAGUGAGCGUCCUCAUUAUUCACUGGCAUUGUUUUCAAGUUUCAUAUGCACGUGCACAACUAGCAAAAGAUAUAAAUUUGCAUCAAAAAGAACUCUCGAGUACUUUCCGAAGAAAUAUCAGGAAUAUGCUAAUAAUUGCCUUGUCGUCACAGAUAGCAGUGAGAGCUGAAACGGUGAACGUCAUGGCUCAUCGUGUAGGAUGGAAUACUUACUUAUCUUACUCGGGUUAUAACAUCACAGAAACUCUCACAAAGAGUUGCUCUGAUGUUAUAAUGUAUCACUAAUCUCUUUACCCGGUAAUUAGCAUAUCCCGGAGUUUUAACCGAGGGUCCUUUUUGAUGCAAAUUCUAUCUUUUUGCUAAAUGUGCACGUGUAUAUGAAACUUGAAAACAAUGCCAGUGAAUAAUGAGGAAGCUCACUGGUAAACACAAAAUCUGGGGGAAAAAUUGGUUGUAUUUGAGGCCCUAUUGAAAGCCUUCCCUGUUUUCAAUGUUCUUAAAACUUGAAGGGAAUAUUUCUUGACGAUUGAUCUCGAGAUUGUCGAAUUUAUAAAAAAAUUUAUCGAGCGGUUUUUGGAAAAAUGCGAAAUUUUUAGGCAUGGGUCAAAUUACGUCCAAAAACUGCACCAAAAGCAGCUGAGUGCAAGUUAAUAACAUUCUUCUUACUCGCGAUCGCCCGGAGCAAUUCCCCUCUUUUUUUGUAUGCAGUUUUCAAUGUUAUCAAACCACUAUGAGAUGAAGCCUCGUUCCCAAAGCUUAUCAUUUUCUUAAAAUAUUAGCGAAUUGUGUGGCUAACAUGCUAUUUCACUGUUUUUAUGAUUCUUAAAACUGCAUUUCAAAAUAUUUCGAAAACGCUCUCAUAGAAUUUGUUCAAACUUUCCCAUAAUGGAGGCAAUUAUAGCAGGUACAUGCUCCCUUACGCGAUUUCUUCAAAAAACUCCUGGUACAGAGAAACACAAAGAUAAAUGAAAAACGUAAUGGCGUCAUUACGUUGCCAAGGCGACUCCGAUUGCAAUAAAACCCAGAUCAUAAGAAAUUUUCAUCUUUAUGUAACACAAUUGUGGUAACCUUUUUUCCAUAUCUUUACUCAUACCGACGUAGUUAAUGGUCAAACUUGGGAGGUAUCAACCUAAAAAAAUCCAGUCGAGCCACCUUAACCCAUGAAAGGAAUGAAACAUAGAAUGAUGAAGUUAACUGCGAAAAAUACAAAUUUUAAUAUUUUCCGCAGUUCACAUCAUCUUUCCUAUGUUAUUAUUAUUAUUAUUAUUUAUUUAUUUAUUUGUUUUAAUUUUCUUAGCUUGAGCUUAAAAUCGUCUUUCUAUGCAAGUCUUACAGUGUUGUUCCUUUUUGAUUGAGAUGAAACCUUUACUAUGUCAAUUAACUGUAACCUUUAUUUUUGGCAGGUCAAUUUGUAUGAGCAAUCUUACUGCACUAUUGCUUGAUUAUAACAAGUAAAGUAUUCAUUAUUGUCGAAGAUUUAAAUAGUUACAUGAUAUUUUUUAUUUCUUUCCACCAUCAUGACAUAUUUUUUCCAGUAUAUUUCCGAUGGAGGGUGCUGUAAGGAAAACCCUAAAUCGUAGCGUCCUCAUUCAUCAGUACUCUUAAUUUAUUGACCACCAUCGUGAAACUCGUUUUAUGUAAUUUCUAAGUGACCACUUCGAUAAGCUACCAGUUUUAUGAAAUACCUGGCUGUUUUUUUGUUGUUGUCAGUUUUCAUGACCUUUUUUUGGUAAAGAAAAUACGGUCGACCAUUUUUAUAAAUUUAUUUUAAAAUAACAAUAUAUUAAGGGCAAGAGCCUAUGGCUCUUGAUUUAAGGGUCUAUAUAAUUCAAAAUUUCGGGGCUGAGACCAACACCAAAGGAUGAAAUGAAUUCCGGAAAGGGCUGGAAUUGGACAUGAUAUUACGAUAGGGCUGUUUCGGUUGAUAUACUGAAUCAGAUUGACUUUUAAUUAAGCAGAGCUAAAUUGGCACUUUGGGGGGUUGAACAAAAUAAUCUCUUAAAUUUAGUUGUAUGGGAGAUUAGUUCUUAUACUGGUCUGAUGAAAUAAUGUAAUGUGGUCUUUCAGGUUUGGUGAUGCUGGUUGUGAUGGUCUUUGUAGAGGCUUGUAUGGCAACAGAACCCUUUUGCGUCUCAGUCUUUGUUAUUGCAAUCUUGGUCCCUCUAGUGGAGAAGUUCUGGGAAAAACCGUCUCUUACACUGCCAUAAGGUGAGUCUCGCAAGUCUCUCUCUCUAUUUGUAGUUAUGCUUCCUUAAUGUGAAGUUAGCGUUUCCAUUUGCGUAAUUCCAUGCAAAGUUUUUAAUCGCCCCCGAGGCGAAAUCCCGUGGAGGCAUCCUAGUAGUUCGUGCGUAUAUAAAGGAAAGCAAUUACAGUUACAAUAUGCAGUUAGUAUACCAGAAAAAAAUCUCGAUUUGCUUAAACAGGGGCCGCAAGGAAUCGCUGGGUAAUGAUAACGUUUUAGACCUAAACAAUGCUGAACGCCCGCAAGUAACAAAAGGUUUGGAAAAAAAGACUACAUUUGAAGCGUGAGUGAAGUGCGUAGCAGUACUCCUCGCUCAGCAGCUCACAGCGCGAAAAUGUAGACUCUGUUCGCUGGGUAGGCGAUUACAGAAAUUUCCCGAACAGAAACAAUUAAAUUAUUUGCUGAUGUAUGCCGUUUUAGUCAGAGACAAAAAAAAUAGACUUGAAAAGCGUGUGAAAGAAUUCUCGAAAUUCCGAGGGUGUUUUGAACAACUCUGCAUACUGAUCGACCUGACUCAGUGCAUGGAAUCGGUAUAUUUUAAAAGAGCUACACAAAGACCAAAUCUUAAGGGGUAUAGGGUUCAGAUAUUCUGAGCAUCAUAAUGCUAUUUGGCAAACAACACCAACGAGACCGGCUUUUAGCUUAACACAUAACAUUUUAGACUUAAUUCAUUCCAAGCGUAGUCUUCAUCGCUUUCCAUUUUUUGUCUAUUUAGUUAGUAUAAUAUAUUUUUAUUUUUAUUCCCCUCAAGAUUUUAUUCCUUUUUAUCGAUUACUGUUGAUCACUAUCGAUUGUUAUUAAUUGAUAAUAAUCAAUAACAAUUUUUUUCUGUGUCUUUGAUUUCUGUCAACUUCUGUUAUCAAUCAGUAAUAAUUUGCCGAUUAUAUCGAUUGAUAUCGAUUACAUCAAUUGAUUUCUGAUAUCCAUUUCUAUGGAUUAACUAGGCCUGGGUUAAUUUCUUGAUGAAGCCAUUUACUUCAAUAUGAGAAAAUGAGACGAAGGUAUUCAUGUGGGGAGUGCUGCUGUAUGCUCCAUACAUGCUCUAUGGGGAACUCAUCCCCCAUACAUUUUAAUUUAAGAGAUUUGUCCAACCCCCACGGUGCCAAUUGAGCCCUGGGCAACAGGAGGGCAUUUUUUCAUGCGCAUGCGUGCAUCUGCUGAACGACAAUAGCGUGGGCGCAUCAAAUUUGAUGGUAGCCUGCGAACAGCAGACGUAUUUCUGGUCGUCGCUUCUCUUCCUCCGAAAAAUAACGUUUGCGAACCCGAGCGGCAAAGCAAUUUCCGUGACGUAAAACCUCAAGUUUGGGCUUAUAGAAGAUAAUGUCACAGUUUUUGAAUGACCAUGAAAUUCAGAGUCCGAGUAGUUAGUUAAUCAAUUGUGGCCCUGAAAAAAUUUGAAGGAAAAAAAACUACGAAUUUUUAAGAAAAUGCUUUUUUUCGUGAGAAGGACUCUUAAACGCUGACAAACGUCAACAAAUGGCGAAACUAUAAUUUCUAUAUGUUUGCUUUGCUCGAAAUCGCGCGCAUUUACAAGGCCCUAAAGUGUUUUGCUGACUUGCAAGGACCCAUCUGUUAUAACGAUCCCCAAAAUAAAGGGAUGAAUCUCAUAGUUCAUUGGAUAUAAUCGUGUAAAGUUUGCUUAUCAUUUUCGCAUAAAUUAUGACCUAAAUUUGGAAACCGCUGAAUUUCUCGAAUUGGGUCCUUGCGAUUGCGGUGAAACUGUGUUCAGCGCAAGGCACUAAUGCGCACUAUGUGUAGCCGAGAGAUUUUCACGAAAAAAUGCCGCCAACAGCAGAUUUUCGAUUCAGACCUCAAAGGGGCGUGGCAUUAUAACCAGGUGACAUUUACCCCGAUCGCCAAAAAUUUUAUGUUAUAUUGUAGAUUGAUCUAUAUGUUAUCCAUUCUAUGUGUUAGACUUACGAUAAAAGUAAAGGUGGGGAUACGAGAGAGCUUCAAAAUAGUAUGGUACUACCCCCAAAAAACUGGGUCGAGUCACCUUAAGCUUAAUAUUUCUCAUUGUAAACAAAAUAACAAUUCAUGCAGUCGAAAGUAUCGGCCGUUAAAAGUUACAAGAAGAACCCUUCUUAAAUAAGAUGUGAGUUCACUUGAUGAUGAUUCGCAUCUACCAGAAAUCAAGUAAAUAUUACGUAAAUCCCGUAAAUUUUGCCAUCUUCUAGUUCCGCAGCCAGCUCGCGUUAGCCGGGUCAACCAGUCGAGUCCAAAAAUAGAGUCAGAGACUCUCUACCUGAUGUGUACAUCGCUGAAAACGAUAGCAGAAGAAUUUUCCUUGUUUUUAAGCCAACAAUUUAACCACAACAUCGGAUUUUACCAAAUAAUUCUUACUCAAACGCGAACUUUCGAGUAUUAGAUUCUCGCGUUCUAUCUUGAACUUCAAAAGUGGCGUUCUGGCGUCGGACCUGACCUCACGAACGUGAACACAUGCGCAAUAAGUUCACACUGGCGCGAGUGACUUCCUGUCGGCGUUCGUGAUCUCAAGAACGUUUGCUGCUUAAGUUCUCUACUAUUUCUGGAUGACAACAAAACCAACGACGGCAAGGAGAAAGGCAAAAAAUAAUAUGUUUAUAUUAACAAACAAUAACUUUGCACGUGCAUCACGCUAUUUUGUACAUUUCUUUGCCGUCUUUGCACCACUACAACAUGAAACUUCCUAGUUUCAGUUCACGAGCCCGCUUUAUGCAGUAGGUGAACACAGCACGGAAAUUGUCGCUUUCUUUUUCUAAACAUAGAUAACGAUAGAUACGGUCCCAGAGAAGAUUUUCGCCAACAUUUGCCAAAUUAAAUGAAACUGAAUAAGAUCAGUUAAGUUUGAAAUAGUGCAAAUAGACUUGUGACUUUAUCAGUUUGUUGUCAUCCAAAAGUUUGGCUACCAUGGCAACCUUACGUUAACGACUUCUCU